GCGCGGGGGGGGCCGCCGCUGGAGGAGCUGGAGGCGCUGAACCUGGGCGGGCGGGGGCUGGAGGAGCUGCCCGAGGCGCUGGGCGCUGCCCUGGGGCACCUGCGGGUGCUGAGCCUGCGGCGCAACCGCCUGGUGCGCCUGCCCGCCACCGCCCUGCGCCACCUGGGCUGCCUGGCCGAGCUGGACCUGAGCCACAACCGGCUGCGCGGGCUGGGUGACGGCCAGGCCCUAGCACCCAUGCGGAAGCUGCGCAAGCUGGGCCUGAGCCACAACCAGCUGGGCACGGAUGGGCCGGGGUGCCUGGGCGAGCUGCACCAGCUGGAGGAGCUGGACCUCAGCUUCAACCACCUGCGGCGUCUGCCCGAGGGGCUGGGCCACCUGCGCCAGCUGCGCGCCUUGGAUGUGGACCAUAAUCAGCUGCCUGGCUUCCCGCCGUCGCUGCUGGAGCUGGCCGUGCUGGAGGAGCUGGACUGCUCUGGCAACCGGCAGCUGCGGUGCCUGCCCGAGGGCAUCGCGGCCCUGCGCCGCCUCAAGAUCCUGUGGCUGAGCGGCACCGGGCUGGCGGCUCUGCCUGAGGGGCUGUGCCAGCUGGGCGCCCUCGAGAGCCUCAUGCUGGACGGGAACCAGCUGCGCACCCUGCCCGCUGGCUUUGGCAGCCUGCAGCGGCUCAAGAUGCUCAACCUGUCCUCCAAUGCACUGGGGGAGUUCCCGGCAGCCGUGCUUGCCCUGCCUGGCCUGGAGGAGCUCUACCUGAGCCGCAACCAGCUGGCCCUGCUUCCCGACUCCCUUUGCCAGCUGCGGCAGCUUCGCACCCUCUGGCUGGACAACAACCGUCUCCGCUACCUGCCCGACUCCAUUGUACAGCUGCACAACCUGGAGGAGCUGGUGCUGCAGGGCAACCAGAUCGCCAUCCUGCCCGAGGGCUUUGGUCAGCUUUCCCGGGUCACCCUUUGGAAGAUCAAGGACAACCCCCUCAUCCAGCCCCCCUACGAGGUCUGCAUGAAGGGCAUCCCUUACAUCGCGGCCUACCAGCAGGAACUGGCACACUCCCAGCCUGCUCUCAAGCCCCGGCUCAAGUUGGUCCUUAUGGGCCUCAAGGAUGCUGGCAAAACCCUGCUGAGGAGAUGCCUGAUGGAGGAGGACAGACAGAGAGAUUCCUCCCUGGGAUCUCCAGAUGCUGGGAGAUCCCAGCCCAGAGAGUGUUCCAUGCAGCAGGAGCAGCGGCAGCAGCAGCAAAAAGACACCCCCUUGGCCCCGGCUUCUAAAACUGCAGGGAAAGCACAGCUAGACCAUUGCCUCAUCACCGGACAGCAAGAUGGGUUGUCCCCCAGAGUCUCCCUGCUCAGGCAGGCCAAGCAGCAGGAUGUUCCCCUGUCUCCAACCCCCAAAGUUAAUGGGGAAGCCCAGGUAGACCCUUGUCCCAUGCUGCUGCAGCCAGACAUGCUCCUGGCCCCAGUAGUGGCAAGCCUGCCAGGCAGCAGCAAAGGCAUUGAGGUGACAGACUGGACGGCAGAUGCGGAGAGAGGCCUGACCUUCAUCGUGUAUGAGCUGGCAGGUGACCCCACCUACGAUGUCAUCCAGUCCUUCUUCCUCUCUCCUGGAGCCCUCUACAUACUGGCAGUGAAUUUGAGUGCCUACGCCCCACAGCGCUUCUACCCCUCAGUGGGGUACUUCCUGCACUGGUUAGGUGCCAAGGUGCCUCAUGCAGUAGUGUGCAUGGUGGGCACCCAUGCUGACCUCUGUGCCGAGUGGGAGCUGGAGGAGAAGUGCCUGGACAUUCACCAUCAAAUUGCCCUGCAGGAGAAGAGGGAUGCUCGGGACCUCCAGAGCUUAGCCCACCAGGUGGAUGAGGCCCUGGGGCAGGACUUCGACCUCCGCUGCUCCAGCCCUCACGCAGCCUUCUACGGGGUGUCGGACAAGAACCUGCGGCGCAAGAAAGCCCAGUUCCAGUAUCUACUCAACCACCGGCCACAGAUCCUCUCCCCAGUGCUGCCCUUUAGCUGCCAAGACCGCUGCCAGGUGCGGCGCCUGCGGGACAAGCUCCUCUCUGUGGCUGAGCACCGGGACAUCUUCCCAAACCUCCACCGGGUACUGCCAAAGUCCUGGCAGGUACUGGAGGAGCUGCAUUUCCAGCCACAGGCUCAGCAGCUGUGGCUUAGCUGGUGGGACUCAGCCCGGCUAGGCUUGCAAGCUGGACUAACGGAAGACCGUCUGCAGAGUGCCCUGUCCUAUCUGCACGAAAGUGGCAAGCUGCUGUAUUUUGAGGAGCACCUGACCCUGCGUGAGUAUGUGUUCCACAACCUGCCAAGACUCAUUGACAUCCUCAAUGUCUUCUGCCAACGGGAUGCCACGGUGCUGCUCCAGAAACUGCUCAGUGACACUCACAUCGAUGAACUGAGAGCUGCUCAGCUCCACCACUACGUGGAAGGGUUUCUGCUGCAUGGCCUCCUUCCUGCCCACAUUAUCCGCUUGCUUCUCAAGCCCCAUAUCCAGAGCCAAGAGGACUUGCGGCUCAUCCUAGAGCUGCUGGAGAAGAUGGGGCUCUGCUACUGUGUCAAUAAACCUAAGUGCAAACCCCUGAAUGGGGCUACUGCCUGGUACAAGUUUCCCUGCUAUGUGAAGAAUGAGGUGCCCCACGCAGAGGCGUGGAUCAAUGGUACCAACCUGAGCGGACAGUCUUUUGUAGCUGAACAGUUGCAAAUUGAAUACAGCUUCCCAUUCAUCUUUCCACCUGGUUUAUUUGCACGCUACAGUGUCCAAAUUAACAAUCAUGUGGUUCAGAGGUCGGACGGCAAAUACCAGAUUUAUGCCUACCGGGGGAAGGUGCCUGUGGUGGUGAGUUAUAGGCCUGGCAGGGGCACGCUGCAACCAGAUACUCUGUCUAUUGCUAGUCAUGCAUCACUACCAAAUAUAUGGACAGCCUGGCAAGCCAUAACCCCCUUAGUGGAAGAACUGAAUGUACUACUUCAAGAAUGGCCAGGUCUGUACUAUACUGUGCACGUCCUCUGUUCUAAGUGCCUUAAGAAAGGGUCACCCAGCCCACACACUUUUCCAGGAGAGUUGCUGAGUCAGCCGCGACCAGAGGGAGUGACAGAGAUCAUCUGCCCGAAGAAUGGCAAUGAGCGAGUGAACGUCGCCCUGGUUUACCCACCCACCCCGACCGUGAUCAGCCCUUGUUCCAAAUGAAUGGAAGCACCAGUGCUGAAGGUUUUAUAUCGGGCAGAAUGUGAAACCAUGGUGUGGCUGGACAAUCUGUAGCACUGCUGUCUGCUUGGGUUUGGAGUCGUGCAUUGACAGGAACACCAGACUUUGGAACUCUGAACUGUUUCAAGUGGGCACACAGCUGAAUGCUUCUCCCCUGAGGUAUCCUUGAACUGAAGUGUACGCUGCAAUCUGAAAGUCAUGGAUGACCGGAUGGGAAGUGGCUAUCAGGUGGCAGCAUUCAUGGCUGGAGACAAAACACUGAGAUUGAAACUCAUGGACCCACUGAUUGCCUGUUGUGCACCCAUUUGGACCUCUUGGUGAAUGUAAAAAUAUUCAGUACUGUUUCUUUCAGGCAUGCCUGAAGGAAGGUCUUUUGAGAUGAGCUGCUGUUGGGGUUCCCUGGAAUUGUUCCUGCACAUGGAGAACCAGUGACUUGUUGCUGUGAUGUCAUAUGGAACAAAGAAAACACACAACUGGAAUCUUUCCCACUGGGAGGACCAAGUAACUAGGGGGGCUCUAUGGAUGCACAGAGGAGAAUGCUUUGAGUUGUUUUCAAGAGAUAAAAGCUUUGGCCUAUUGAGGAACAGAGCAAAUGUUUUACCACCUGGACUUAGAACCAUGAUCAUCCUCCAGGAAAGAGCUGCUCUACAAAAAAGAAAAAUGGUGUGAAUGGCUUCUCAGGGAUUCUGUUUGCUGUGCACAUAAAAGCCAUAAUUACCAUAAUGAUGGCAGUAUUUAGAGCACUCCAGUUUCAGUUCUCUGUAAUGCAAAAGAGGGAUCACUCAUCUGACCUUCUCUCCUGUUCAGUAACUAGCGUUAAAGAUGCAUUUUAUCUUUAUUUUUGUAAUAUGCAAAGCCAUUUAAUUUUCUAUGCAGUUUUCAAGCUCCUAGCAUUAGUGAACACUCAGUGCAAUAUUCUGCAUGAGAAACAUGGGCUCUUGUUUUGUGGUUGGUACAUUUGAGCAUACAUCACUGUAUUUUGGUAUCCCUCACCCAUGGUGUUGGCUCACAAAGCAGGCUCCAGUCUGCUAUGCUCUGGGCAGACCUUGUUCACCAGCCUGCAAGAGUAGUUGCUUCUGGAGAGUCCCUCAUCUCUGGGGAGUUGUACGGGAAGCAAGGAGUUGGGCUACUGAGUCAGAAUCCAUUGCUUUCUUCUAACUCCCAAGAAAACCAAAAUAAAAACCUAGUAUGAAGAAGCUCCUGCCACCCAGAGCUAACUGGAGGCAGGAUGGUUUUGUGGAGAUGAUCUCACUUCUGUAUGGUGCUGAGGCAUUGAGCAGAGCGACAGGGAGCAUGAUGAGCUAGAUGGCUCAGUCAGAACAAUCUAUGGCAGGCCAAGGAACAGCGAUGGCUCAGAGUCGCUGGUUGAGGAGUUGGAGAGGCAUUUUGCUUUCUGUCUACCUUCCAGGAGAGAUAAUGAACUGCUACCAUCCAGCAGUAACUUGCCCUAUAGCGUGAGAACCACCAGGUGUGCAGGAGCUCCAGCAGUUUGUUGGGAGUGUGUUAUUAGGAGGAUGGAGACUGCUGGCUGUCCCUAAGAAUGACCUGCUCCAAGAAUUAACAUUAAUGGUGAAUUCAGCUCCCAACAGUAGACAUGCUGUCAACCAGAGAGCACACCAUUGUGUUCACUAAUCAAGUUCUGGUUUCUCUGGUCAUUGGCUGAUCUGUAUCCUAUCAAAACAGGUCAGAAAGGCUCAAAAGUGUAAGGCAGGGGUCAGAAACCUAUGGCCCUUGGGCUGGGCCUGGCCUGUGAAGAGACUGGAUCUGGCCCACAGCAGCUCAGGGAAUCAGCAGCACACUCCAGACAAAGCAGCAGAGGAGGUGUCCCCAGGGCAUUAGUUCCUGCCUUUUUCUAUCUAUUCCCUUUGUGGCAUCUGUUGAUCACCAGGAGGCUGCAGCAGUACAGUUCAUGGCAGGGACUGGGUUGCAAGCGGUAGCCCUUAGUGGCAAAAGGUUGCUACACCUUGAAUUGCAUGUAAAAGCAGGGGCCUAUGACUAAAGAGAAACUAGUCCAGUCAAAUGACAGUAGCCCUACCACUUCCUACUUUGCUUGUGUCUAUUGAUGGAAAAUGUGCAGAGCUUCACAUACCUCAUCUGUGAGAGGGUGGAAAGGUAAGAGCUGUGUCAGCACAUAUUCCAUUAAAUGUCCCGCAUGGUGAACAAACUCACUGAAUCCCACUGUGCUGCUUUGGUGCACAGAAAGCUUUAGUGUGCACUCGUUCCUAGGAGACAUUCCACUCUGGCGGCUGAUAUGGAGAAUUCCUGAAGCACUAUGGCAGUAUUGGUCUCAGAGAGCCCUGGUGUCACUGCAUUAAUGUCAGUAGAGUUUCACCAGAGGUGAAUUUGGCUCUAUAGUUCCAUGCAUCUGAUGGCUGCUUAAUAUAAGGCCAGAGUUGGGUUAACUGGUUGAUUUUUCAACAUGACUUCUCUCUUCUGUCCCUUGCGCCCCACCCUCCCUAUCAAGUUUCGGAAUUCGGUUUUAAAUCUAAGUAUAGGCUCAAAAUGAAUUGGGGUUAAGAAAGUCUGUCUAUAUUGCCAUCUUUGAAGGCAUCCCAGAGCUUAGGCAGCAGGGGUCCGAAUUGAAGGAGAUAGUUUCCCAGAUUGUUUUCAUUAUCAGGUUUCUUGGCAAUGGUAAACAUUAAAAUGCAUUUUUUUGUGACAACUUGAGCUGAGGUGGCUCCUGCUGUGACCCUUGGGAUCCAAAGGCACUUCCACUAGGAUAAAUUUGCCCCUCCCCUCCCCUUCCCUCCCCUCCCCUUCCCCCUUUUGUGCUGUUUAAAAUUGUCAGAGCAGUAGCCUCUUACCUCAUUGUGAUAGAUGAUGCUAUGCUGAAUGGGUUGCAGGAAAUGUUUGAACAUGUUCUAAGUGGGCAUUGUUGAAAACCGUCCUUUGCUUGUGCAGCAGUGUCCUCCCCCUUCCAUGUAGCAAGCUCCUUUUUGUCUCAUCAUGUCGGGGAGCUUGACUGGCAGACACACACAGUUCAGCUCAGACACCAGGCUUGAUCCUGCUGGGGCAGUGUUGGAAGAACUGGGUUAGGCUCUUCAGGAAAAGGAAGAUGUCUUACUUCAAUAAGCACAAGGAUACUCCAAGCAAGUAAUCCCCACCUCCCCUGCACAAGGCCAGAUACUGCCCUGGGAAGCUCUCACAUUGUACAUUUCUGUUGCCUGUGGUAUAAAAUCCACUUCCAGGUUCUGUGUAAAAAACAAAACAAAACAAAAAACCCCUGCCAAAAUAAAUAUUCCCUCCUAAAAAGGUUCCCUUGCCCAGUAUAGACCUUUCCACAGAUUUUGUACUCCUGAUCACACUUCUUAUGCUGCAGUAUGUGAACUAUAACUACAGUUAUUCAAUCUAUGUUACUGGGCAGAAACCUAAAAAUUCUCUCACCAAAAAAAGACUGAAAAUAAAAGUGAUCUUAAACU